AUGACGGCGGGGUGGCUGCGGGCUGCGGCGCGCCGUGGCCUCCUCUUGUGCCUGGCCUGCGCGGCGUGCCUGGCCCUCGACGUGCAGCAGAACUGCAACACGACUCAAUACGAGGCUCAUGGAAGGUGCUGCAGCCGAUGCCCCACCAGGUAGCUGGCCCGGCCCGGCAGGAGAGUGAGAGUUCCGUGUGCUGCUGAGGGCUCAGACACCAUCUGCGUUCCAUGUCAGCCCCAGCAUUUCCAGGACACCUGGACCAGUCAGACGAGCUGCACCCCGCACCGCUACUGUGACCAGAACGCGGGGUUGGUGGUGCGGGUCGAAGGGAAUGCCACGCGGAACGUCCUGUGCCAGUGCCGGAGCGGCACCCACUGUUCCGGCGAGGAGUGCCAGACCUGCCGGGAGAACACGGCCUGCGGUCCGGGCGAGGGGGUGGAGCAGACAGCCACCGACCGGAGGGACACCAGCUGCACCGCGUGCCCCGUGGGCUUCUUCUCAAACGUGUCGUCUGCCACGGCCUCCUGCCAGCUGUGGAGAAGCUGUGAGGCCGUGGGGCUUGUCCACAAGGCCAACGGGACACGCUUCUCAGACACCAUUUGUGAAGAGGCCCAAAAGGCCCGCUCGGGGGUCUUGGUGCCAGCUGCUCUUGCCGCCGUGAUCCUGGUGCUGGGGUGUGUGGGGCUUCUUCUCUGGCAUCGGCAUUGGCGUCGCCAGGAGUUCCUGAAGCGGCACCCCCAUCAGGACCCCGCCAGGCAGCAGCCGGGCGAAAACGAAGAGGAAGAGGUCUGCCCUGCCUUGCCGAUCCAGGAAACCCGGCCCACCCCCCAAGAAGAGGGCAAGGACAGCUGCUUGGCAGUAGAGGAGCGGGCCUGA